AUGGCACAGCAACGUGUGGAGGAUGCCCAUUCGCGGCCUAAGGGGAUCCUCAAGAACUCUAGCUCCCAGAGUAUUCUCCAAGUCCCCCAAAUCCCGGAGGAUCCGUCUCCCCUCCCGUCCGUGGACGGCGUGGACACCAAGGAAAUCACCAUCCAAAACACCCUACAGAACGCCGGUCGGCGACGGUCCUCGUCCGCAGCCCGCCCCGGGAGCUCGUCGCGCCGCCAAUCCCUCGCCAGCUCCCACGGACACCACGAUGAGAACUCCCCCCGGCUGAAAUGGGACGAAGCGAACCUCUACCUCGCGGAGCAAGAAAAGACCGCCAAGAUGAAGAUCGACGAGCCCAAGACGCCGUACGCCCCGCACUACGACCCCAGCCAGGACGAGGACGAGGAGGAGAUGGCCGACGCGGACCUGAUCGAUGCCCAGGGGGUGGUAGUCGACGAGCUGGACCAGCCCCCCAAGCCGUCCCGCAAAGCCGUCCCCGAGGACGACAUCCCGGACCUGGAGCUGGGCGAGCCCGAGGAGUCGCCCAUGGCCGACGAGCCUGCCGCGUCGCAUGAUCGCAUCACCCGCGAACGGAGUCUCAGCAAUGAGUCGCACCGCAAUGACAAGCACGUGGUGGUUGGGUCCGAGCAGACUAACGGCGAGGCGGGGUCGGACGACCCCGACCAUCUCCUCUCGCCGGAAGAGGCUCGCGAGAAACACCGCCAGUUUGAGCAGCAUCGGAAGCGGCAUUAUGAGAUGCGGAACAUUAAGGAAUUAUUAGCUCACCCCGAAGAACUAGACGAGAUGGACGAGGACGAAGACGAGGGCGAGGCAGAACCCAUCCCCCCGCCGGUCCCUCAGAUCCCUCAACAGUUUGCGAAUGGGUCGAAGUAG